CAAGAAACCGGAUCCUGAAGCUGAACCUUAAUCUACGAAUUCCAACACCAAACAAUAUUCAAAUGUUUCUCUCUCUUACAAGUGAAGAAUGAAGAAGACCCUGUGAAAUUGAGUAGAAUACUAUAAUUACAACAGAAAAUUAAAAGAAAAAAAAAAUUCAUUCAACCUCCCCUUCCCUAAAGAAAGAAGCCCGAAGAACAUGGCUGACUCGGGCGAGGAACAUUUUGUAACACCAGUCAUUGAGGAUCAUCAGACUACAUGCUGGGGUUGUGGAUUGCGCCUCCUUCUUCCAACUUACGCACCUGUUUUCAAGUGUGGUUGGUGUGGAGCCAUAACAAAUCAAAAUGUAAAUAAACCUGAAACCAAAUGUCUUCGGUGGAGACGCUUGCGUGAUCGGUGCUUUGUUUGUACUCUCUUCAUGUUUAUGCUCUUUGUAAUAUGUGGGGGGGUAUGGGCAGUGUAUCCUGUUGUUUUCUCUGUCAGCUACACUUGUGGGGUUCUUCAUUCCAUCUUAACAAUGACCUUGGCUGCAACUACUAUUUCUACCUUCAGCUUAGCAGCAUUUCAAUGUGCUGGUACACCGCCAAUCAUAUUGUGGGGUAGCUAUCCUGUUGUAGGGAAAGGUGGCCUUGAAAACUAUACCUUCUGUCACUAUUGUUCAAAGCCAAAAUCACCAAGAGCGCAUCACUGCCGUUCAUGUGGAACAUGUAUAUUGGACAUGGAUCAUCACUGUCCUUUUAUAGGGAAUUGCGUUGGAGCAGCAAAUCACCGGCACUUCAUCGCCUUCCUUUUCUCAGCUGUUGUCAGUACUAUCUAUGUUUCAGUCAUGUCCGCAUAUGCGGGGUUGCAUAUCUGGCCACCAUUAAAGUACAGAUCUCCAGGCCACUUGAACGGUUUCAGCAGCGGCUUGGCAUUGAGAGCAUUGAAGGAAGUUGUUCUCGCUUUGCUGAGCUCUGCAGUGCAACUGUCUGCCCGGGGGCUUGUUCUUGUCUAUCUGUUUGUUUCGAGCGUUUCCGUGCAGAUCGGUUUAAGUGUUCUUCUAUGGCAGCAGCUUUGUUAUAUAUACGAAGGUAAAACUUACCUGAGCCAUCUAAGUUCCCGGGGAAGUGAUCCGGUUGAGGAAAAAGAUUGCCAAAAUAUUUUCCGGUUUUUCGGUUGGCCAUAUUCGAUAUUGAGAUACUUGCCUAGUGAGCGAAAUUCGCGAAAGAGACACAAGAAGUGAAAAAAGAAAAAUAUUGUUUUGAGUCAUCGUUAUCUUUAAUUAACUUAAAUCGAUGACAGUAUGUUUAAUCUCUUUCAUUUUUUUUCUCUUCUCAUUUUAUGAUGGGUUUCAAUGUUUGAUCCUCUGCCUCACUUAGAACUGAGAAUCCAUUACACUACAAGAGGAUGUCCAGGUAUUUUACACCA